AUGGAUCAAUGCGCGAAAUGCCAGAAGACAGCUGCUGAUUGUGGCGCCGCCUCACUCAAACGGUGCGCCAAGUGCAAGAGCACCGUCUAUUGCGGCCGCGAUUGUCAAAAAGCCCACUACAAGGCACACAAGGCAGCCUGUAACAAGCGGGCUGCUGCCGCCGCCCACGUCGACGCCAACGCCGAACACAGCGAUAACUACUCUGCACCACGUCUGAUAGAUCUCGAAAUGCAUGUACCGAACCCAUUCACGCGACUCGACCAAGGCAAAUACCUGCACGAUCGUCCAGAGAAAGACGUCUACAAGCUUCUCAUCGACUCUUUCCGUAUGCGACAGCAGGACGACGACCAAAUGGAGGAUAAGAGGGCCCCGAACAGUGUUUACACCGGAGCGGCCUCAAGCAUUGAGCCGUUCCGAAAGUAUCUCGCCCUGGCGGCUACACGACCAGGGCUUCUUCCGCCAUGGUGGACAGCUGAGAAGCAGAAGGAGUGUGAGGCUUUCGGUGAGAGUGGUGCGUGGCAGGAUCUACGCAAAAAGGUCACAAAAGCGCAGGUUAUUCAGCACUACGGCGACGAGAAAGCACCGAUGCAGUUGAGGAUGGUAGCGGAGGCAGUCUAUGGCGUGGGAUCGCUUGGUCAGAGUGGGGCCUCGAUGCGGGCUAUGUUGCGAAGCAUGGAAUCUGGUGGACCUGGAAACGGAAUGCAUGCGAGCAUGAUGAAUAUUAACCACAUGUUUGGACGCGCAUAGUGAAUUAGUCAGAGCGAUGAUUGUGUAACAUCUAAAAGUUUUGUCUUUACGAUGAAGUCUCUAUCUCUUUGACAGUACCAUGGUGCCUAUCCUUAGCGUACCAAACUGAAGAACGAUCGCUACAUGAUAUUGACGAGAGCUCUUCAGUGUGUUUUCGACUCUUGCCUCCCAUGACAAGAAUUGGCCCUCAUUAGCUAGCAUCACGAGCGCCAUCAAACCACUGCUACAACAAA